AUGCCACCCAGUCGACGGUCCGAAAAGGAUAAAGAUAAAGAGGUGAACCCUGAUGGCAGUAAGGCGACUGAUUCCCAAACAAGCAACGACAGUGGCAAAGGUACGUGCAUUUGUUAUGAAGAACUGAGUACAAUUCGACAAACUCUUGACAGCUUGUCUAAAUUAGCUGACAUUGAGUCAAUGGUACAAGUGGCUGUCACCACCAUAAUGAAUACACUGUCUGAACAGUUAAAGCUUGAAAUAAGUCACCUAAUAAAACAAGAAAUGGAAAAAUUUGAUGCAAAAUUAAAUGAACUGGCAAAAGAUAAAGAUAAACUACAAGCUGAGGUAAAUAACCAGAAACUUAACAUGAAAGAAAUGAACGACCGUCUAGAAACCUGCAUUAAAAAUACAAACAUUGCAACACAAAUGGCUAAUAGAAACGAACAAUAUUCGCGAAAACGAAAUGUUAAAUUAUUGGGCAUUCCAGAAGAAAAAGAUGAAACGGUGUUGGACAAAGUUAUUGAUUUGUUUAAAGGUCUAGGUGAGGAUAUUGAUCCUAAUGAUGUCCAAGCCAUACACAGGUUGCCAAGUCAAGAUAAAAGUCAGCCACGUCCCGUGCUUGUCAAGUUUUUCUACUCAGACAACAAGCUGCGCGUGAUCUAG